GCAGCAGAAGAAGAAGAAGAAGAGGAAGGCGGACGUGUCGGUGUGUCGCUCCAGGCUCGGUCCUGUUUCCGGAGCUGCUUACCAUCCGAACCUGCAGCUGGGUUUGGUUCCGGUCGGAGAUGCGGGUCUGUGCGGGUCUGAGCGGGUCUCUGGGCCUGGUCCUGGUCCUGGUCCUGGUUCUGGUUCCCGGUCAGUGGGCCUGGGAGGCGGACCUGGAGCUCCUGGACCUGGUGGAGGAGAUCCCGCAGAACUUCUACCAGUUCCUCAGCCUGGAGCAGGACGCGGCGGCGGCAGACAUUAAGAAGGCGUACCGGCGGCUGUCUCUGACGCUGCAUCCUGACAAGAACAAGGACCCCAACGCUGAGACCCAGUUCAGACAGCUGGUGGCCAUCUAUGAGGUUCUGAAAGACGAGGAGCGGCGGCGCAGGUACGACGACAUCCUGCUGAACGGCCUGCCGGACUGGAGGCAGCCCGUCUUCUACUACCGCCGCGUGAGGAAGAUGAGCAACGCUGAGCUGGGCUUCCUGCUCUUCCUCAUCCUCACCGUGGGACACUACGCCAUCAUCUGGUCCAUCUACCUGGAGAAACAGCUGGAUGAGCUGCUGGGGCGCAAGAAAAAGGAGAAGAAGAAGAAGAUGAGCUCCAGACCCGCCGAGGAGGUCAGAGGUAUCGGACUGGACCGCGUGGACAGGAACCAGGAGCGACCGCACUGGCAGGACAUCCUUCCUCUGAAACUCAGCAUCUGGAUCUACCUGUCGGUGAAGAACCUUCCCCAAACCGUCCAGGAGGUGAAGCAGUACUAUGAGGACUAUCAGCAAAUGAAGACGGAACAGGAGGCUGAAGCUGAACAGGAAGUUGCUCCAAGAGAGAAACGACCAAAAGUCAAGAAGCCCAAAGUGGAAUUUCCAGUUUAUGUACCUUCAGAGAACCAGAACCACCAGAACUAUGACCAGACCACAUCCAUUGAGGACAUUGAAGACCAAAUGGACGACUGGCUGCAGGACCUGAAAGGUCCCAAGAAGAAGGUGUCAGAAUGGACAGAAGACGACUUCAGCCUCCUUAGCAGGUUGAUGGUCAAAUUCCCUGGAGGAACUCCAGGCCGAUGGGAGAAGAUCGCUCAGGAGCUUGGACGAUCCGUGUCUGCUGUGACGGCUAAAGUCAAAGAGUUGAAGGACAACGUGAACCCAACCUCAGGUACAUAGAAGAUGUUCUGGUCUUCAUGUAGAUGUUCUGUGGAUCAGGUAGAUGUUCUGGUCUUCAGGUAGAUGUUC